CCAUGCAUUUAACGAACCGUCAACACUGUGUCGCGCGUGCUGCUGUAUUUCUUUCAACAACAUAGAGCGCACUUGAUUCGAUUUUAACCGAGUAAAAAAGAGAUCGCUUCAUAGUAGUGUAGUGUUUGAAAUUCAAAAGCAGAAAAAAUCUAAGCAAUGGUGUCUCUAUGUGCGGUGCGUGUGUAUGAAACUGAAAUUGUGUGCGGCUACUACUAGACGAGAGAGAGAGAGAGAGAGAGAGAGAGAGAGAGAGAGAGUGAGAGAGAGUGAGAGAGUAAGAGAGCGUGAGGCGAAGAGCCACAACAACAAAAAACAGAGAGGAAAAACGUCUCAAAGCAUUGUGUGUUAUUUAGUCGUUCGUUCGUUUAUCACGCACACAUUUUUUUGGCAUGAUUUUUCUUUAUACACACAUUCACAUCAACAUCGUUCAUUAAUUCUUAGUCAAAUAGACAUAUUUUUUUUUCGUUCGUUCGUUCUGUCUUCUCUCCAUCGAACGGCUAUCGAUGGUCUCUAUCAAAAAUUAUUCAUGUGUGUUCCAAUUUUUUUUUUCAUCUGUCGUCGUUUGUAAUUAGUUGAAAAAAGAAACGAAGGGUUUUUUUUCUAAUUAGCAAUUUUGGUUUCGCUAUUGUUGUGUUUAGUGGAAAAUUCAAACAUUGACGAAUAGUUUAAUCGCAUUUUGUGCUGCACACACAACACACACAGUUGGCUAGCGCCUCUAUAAAUACAAUAGCAAUUAAUACACAAACAAAUGAGAGAGAACUUUGAGUGUGAGAACGACAAUCGUACUUUUUUUUCUUGUUCGACACACCAGGCAAUAGAUUCGACAAAAGCCAACUGAACGAAAACGUGAAAGAAGUUCACAUUGAUCUUAGCUAAUCAAAACGGUUUUCUGUUGCAAGUGAACAGCAAAAAAUUUAGUUUUUUUUAAUCCAUUAGAUUUAAAGCAUAAAUAAAAUAUUCAACCAAAAAUGAAUGCCUCAUCGAAUGUAGAAAAUUUGUCGCCACAAAUAAUUCGCCAAGUGGUGAAGGAAAUGCAUGACAUCCAUACAAAUUCACCCGAAGGUAUUAAAGUACAAAUCAACGAAUCCGACGUAACUGAUAUUCAAGCUGUGCUUGAGGGACCAGCUGGUACGCCAUAUGCUGGUGGAUUUUUCCGGGUGAAAUUGGUAUUGGGUAAAGAUUUCCCACAAACGCCACCAAAAGCGUAUUUCCUCACAAAAAUCUUCCAUCCGAAUGUUGCGGCCAAUGGUGAAAUCUGCGUCAACACACUGAAAAAGGACUGGAAACCCGAUUUGGGCAUUAAACACAUUCUUUUGACGGUAAAGUGCUUGUUGAUCGUACCGAAUGCCGAAUCUGCCUUGAACGAAGAGGCUGGUAAAUUGUUGCUGGAACAUUACGAUGACUAUUCGUCGCGUGCCAAAAUGAUGACUGAAAUCCAUGCGCAGUCCGAGCGAUCAUCGAAAGCAUUGAAAAUUGACGGUGACUCAAUCACCGACGAUGGUCCACAGUCAAAGAAGCAUGCGCUCGACAGCCGAUCGAAUGGUCAGGAUAAGCGAAAAGAAAAAUUAGGCAAAGACAAAAAACGCGUUCUAAAACGUUUAUGAGAGACAUGCACUUACUAAUUUUACCACGAAAGAAAACAACAUCAACAAAAAGCGAGCCUAAUCUCUAGAACAACAAAAUGAAUCAGAUCUUUUUUUUUCUUCUUCUCUAUAUAUUUUUAUUGUGUCACUAAAAAAAAAACGAAAAGAAAAUCAAAAAAUAAAAAAAUUGUGCGAAUGUUUGGGAUCGAAAGUAGUAAGAAUAGCGUUUUUAGCUACUUCACCGAGUGUUAGGCGUUUGAAAAGUGUUCAGGAUAUAUAUAUAUUUUUUAUAACGAAAAAAGUGAGAAAGAGGGAGUAAAAGAGAUAAAUUAAUAUCGUGUGGUGUGUUGAUUGAUUGGCUAUGGUUUUGUAAUUGGACGUCGUAAGAUAUAACAAAAAAAGCACUGCUAAAUUCGUAUUUUCGUACAUAUAAUUUCGGGAUUUUGACCAAUUUUUUUCUGCGUGUAAACCAAACCGACACUACUUCUUAAGCUAUCAAAAUGAUUUAAUGCACGGAUAAUUUUUCGUUUGAAGGUUUUUUCGGCCUUUGUUUUGUGAUUUCAUUUGAAAAUUGUCUGUGUCGCUGACUGUUUUGUGUCAUUUUCAUUAGGGAAAUUUUCUUCUUCUGAUUAGAGAAAAUUCCGUAUAUCGUUUAAGCAGUAACUUAUUUUCACAUUUCUAAUUGUCGUCUAACAAAAAAAAGAUGAAAGAGAAAAACAAAUAUCAUUUUUUUUAAGUCAUGAUUGUUUAAUUGUUACAAGAGAAUAUGCAGCAAACCAAUUUAAGCAUGACUGAAAAUCGAUCACAUUCUAAAAUCAGCUGAUAUCCAAUAGAAGAAAAAUAAACGGAGUUUAAAAACAAAAUGAUAACAAUAAUACAAUUCAUAAAAGAAAAAAGAAUUAAACAAUUGAAAAGGAUGAAGCAAAAAAACAGGUAUUAAGAAAACAUGCAUUUGAUAUAUAUGUAAAUAGAUAGAUCACAUGUGACCGUUAUGGUUCUUGCAAUGCGAAUUUUCGCAUUAUUUUUUAUUUGUCCACACAUCACUUCGAACGAACAAACAACUGGUUUCAUCAUUUAGAUUUAAAAAGAAAACAAAAACACAUUGGAACGAUUUAUAACAAAGCGAACAUUUUCCAUAGAUUAAAUUUAAAAUUAAAAACGAAAAAAA